AUGGCCCAGUGGUGCUUCGAAUACUUAAGCACUUACCGCUGGCGGAACUCUCCAAGAAUGCUGUACCCAGCCUCUCGACAUGACAGAUCGUCCAACAAGGGAUGCAAGUGCCGAAUUCCACCAGCGUGCGCUAAAGAUGACUGGAAUGCAGACCGUGUUGUGGUCGUGGUAUUGGCUCGAACGUCUGGAUACGCGCGGUCGGUCUGCCUUUACCCUCCGUAUUUUCUUCUUCUCUUCUGUGGUUCUUCCAAACUCGACUUUGCUUGGCUUUCACCCAUUUUUCUAUCCCGUGUCUCAGUCAAUCGUUGGGAAAGGAUGGUGCGAUUCUCGGCGGAUGUCUGCAGUAUUGCAGGCAUUGCCCUGACACUCCUGACGAUAGGUAGCGCCCAGACCUCAGACCCGGAUGCCGGUACCGCCUACUCUGCUGUCUGCCCGGCCACUCUGGGUGAGGAAGCAGUCCUUCUGACUGUGACCGAUGAAUGCGGCGUCGAGUACAGUGUGAGAUGCGACUAUGGAAAGUCGCCUGGGACGGACCUCGUUGAUAACUACGCCGACACAUUCAAUGGCUGUUUCGAGCAAUGCUCCGCCUAUGCCGGCGGCGUUUGCAUAGGAUUCGACUAUAUGACCACCACAAAGAGAUGCUAUCUCAAGGAAGGCACCACUGGACCAAUCGAGGAAGGCAGCGAGGCGGUUGCUGUCAUCGGCGCUGUGAUUGUUGACCGACCUACCGGCACGAUGACUUGUGUUGAAACCCCGGAGGCCAACAUCCCAAUCGCCUACCCGUCUGCCACUCCAACUUGUCCAGCGAACACGAACACUAUCUAUACCGACUCGGAGGGAGUUUCAUACCGCAUUCGCUGUCAAACUGGUGUCGCCGGCGGCGACCUCGGUCUACAGCUGCCCGGGAUCUCUUUUGAUCAGUGCAUGGUGGCGUGUGACAAUUACACACCUAGUGGAUCAUGUGUAGCAGUGCAGUUCUCAGAGGUUGAUCCCGAUAGUGGCUUGGGAGACUGCCAGCCGAAGAGCAAUGCGUAUACGGGCAUGGCUGGCGGCGGCCUAACGGAUGCCUUCGCCUUCAAAGACACGGCUCGCGUGGUAGCGCCAGCGCCGUCACCGCCAACAUAUCCUGCAGCCGAGAGCUUUCAAUGUACUGGCAGUGAGGCCAUAGGAUAUGACCAGACCGUCGAAGAUACCAACGAAAUCCUCUACAGUGUUAGAUGUGCCAAUGGCAGACCCGCCACUGCGGAAAACACUGAAAACCUCCCAACCCCACAUGGAGUGUUCGAUGAAAGUACUCUGAACGACUGUUUCACAGAGUGCACCGCCCGCGACGCCUGCAUCGGGUUCACCUACGACAUGGACGCUAAUACCUGCUAUCUGAAACGCCAUUUGGACCCCGGAGCGACCAGCGGGCUCGAGACUGGCAGUAGUGAUGACCCAAAUGUUGGUGCUGUCAAAAUCGUCGACUCGCCGUCUGGCACGUCCAGCAGCUCCAGCUCUGUAACAUUGACGUCUACCGUAUACCCUACAUUGACCAGCACAGAUAUCUCGAGCAGCGACACCACAUCCAGUACCUCGAGCAGCGCCACACCGACAAGCACUUCCUUGGGUGACGCGGAAACAAUGACGUGUAGCGAUGACAUUAUGGAAGACCAGACUGUGGUCGACGAUGCUGGCGCCGAGUAUGUUGUCAGGUGCAGAUACGGCGAGCACGGUGGAACUCCCGUUGACCUUCCCAACGGCUCUGGAGUCAUCAACGAAAUUGGCGACUUCCACUUAUGCUUCCCGGAAUGCUCUGCACGCGUCGAGUGUACAAGCUUUACCUACAACUACGAAUACAGAACAUGCUACCUCAAGAAUGGCGAUAACGGCGAGCUCGCGACUGGCACGGAUGGCAUUGACGCCAUCGGUGCUGUGAGGAUCAGGCCUCCAACAUCUUACCCAACGACGUCUGCCUCUACCUCCUUGAGCUCCACCAGCUCGCCAUCAUCGACAGACACAACUGCUUCCUCUUAUACUAUCACAUCCACCGACAGCAGCUCGACUGAUGAGGCAACUUCAAUCUCGACUACGACAGUACUCGACACAUCUAGCUCCAGCUCAACAACGACAAUGAGCAUUUCCACUUCAUCGACAGCGUCCAGCUCCAGCCUAUCGGAAUUCUCCGACUCGGAAAGCUUCACUUCCACAGAGUCGUCUUCAUCAACCACGACUCUCUUUUACUCCGUAACAAGGACUGCUCCAACGUCGCCACCAACGGCAACGGCACAAACGUACUGCCCAGACUCGUCCGAUCAGCUCGAAGAGGCCUGUACGGAAGCAGGUGGGGACGAGCUAGGAGCUAGUCUCUGCUCUGUUCUAGACUCUAACUCCCUCUACGCGAUCAAUUGUGGGUUUACUGGUGUUGGUAAUGAAGUCAGAGACGCGGCACCGCUGGCCAACGUCGAUUCUGAUCGGCCUCAAGACUUUGGCUAUUGUCAGGCAACCUGUGAAGCGAACAAACCUCAGUGUGUGGCUGUCAACUUUGUCCCAAUAGCGGAUGAUAACACUGGCGCUGGUACAUGCACUUUACUCAGCACUAUCUUGGGCUACUCGUACGCUCCUGGAGCGUAUUCUGCCGAGACUGUGGAGACGCCUCCGAAUCCUGACCCGUCCGAGACUGUCUCGACUACUGCUACCACAUCAUCUGCGUCGACAUCUUCCAGUGACUACACAGAGACAAAUGAUGCGAGCUCUACUACCGACGUGAGCUCGAUCGCUUCGAUAAGCUCAACGUCUGAUGCCGGAUACAUUCCUGGAGGGCCAUCGCAACCAGCGACUGACACUUCGACAGCUGCCACAAGUUCGACCUCGAAUGCUGGCUAUCUACCUGGAGGGCCGUCGCAACCCCCAAGCGCUUCGACUGACACCUCCAUGGGCGCAUCUACAAGCUCAACGUCAGAUCUUCCCUACUUGCCUGGAGGGUCAUCGCAAGCUGCUAUUACUUCAACGACCACUUCCUCAGCCUCCAACGGGGGCUACUAUCCCGGUGAACCGUCGCAGCCUGGCAGUAUAUCCACGAGCCUGGCCACCGGCUCGCUUGAUGCAACUUCAUCUUCUGAAGGAGGCUACUUACCAACACCUUCGCAACCUCCCAAUGGCGAGUCAUCUACCGCUUCGUCCCAAGGAGCCCCAUCGCAAAGCACAUAUGUUCCCGGCGACGGCGAUGACUCUGUCACCGGUAGCGUGACUUCAUCGCAACCAGGGACGGGAGCUUCCCAGAGUGCUUAUGUUCCUGGUGGCGACAGCUCAGUCCCUGCCAGCGCUUCUACAUCCUCGCUCCAGACCUCAGGCGGUCCGUCACCGCCCCCAUACACCGGAACACCCACGACCGCUUAUGUCUUCCCCACCAACAUUUAUCCGGCGACUCUGCCUUCCGUCAGUGUUUGCCCAGGCCAGGACGACCAGGAAUUCACUGCUCCCGUUCCGGGUGCCGGAACCUACCUCGUCGACUGUGGCGCCUCUUACGCCGGGGUCCAGAUCAAUCAGCCCGCGCCUUACUACCGCAGACAGGAGUCAACUCCAUCUCAAGCGUACUGUAUGGCGGUCUGUGAUUACAUAGCUGAUUGUGAGGGUGUCAACAUCACGCCAACGGAGUGUGAGUACUUCAGCUCGGUCCAGUUGACAUACGAGAACAGGCCUGGUGUCAUCGCACUGCUCAAGACAGCGCCGGGCACCAAUAUCGGACCUGGCCCUUACGAUCCUGGAAACAUGGGUAGCAAUGCUUCUUCGUCUUCUUCGUCUUUUUCAAGCGCCACAGUGCCGCCCGAUGGCUAUCCUGGAGGAAACACUGGUUCUUCAACAACCUCUUCCGCACCGCAAAAUACCAAUACCUAUCCUGGUCAAGGCAUCUCUGGUUCUUCAAGCCCGUCCGCGCCGCCAAACACUAACACAUAUCUUGGCAUCAGCGGUACACCCUCAAGCACACCUGUCAGUGGUAGCAUCAGCGGCAGUGUCAGCGGCAGUGGCAGUGGAGUCCCACCGACAAGCACACCAACCGGCACCGGUACCGUACCGGUCAUCACGGUCACUGUGACGUCUUGCUCAGCAAUACGAACUACGACCGUGUUCACGACCGACACCAUUACGACUUGCGCUCUUGACGGAUCGUCUUGCCCGUCGCCUGCUGGGUACUAG